AUGGUGAUGUGUGAUGUCUGUAGCGCAUGGCACCAUUACAUCUGCGUCGACGAAACCGAAGGUAUAUGCGAUCGAGACUGGACGUGUUCCAAGUGUCUCGAGAAAUCUAGAAAAAAGUCUUCCGGAAAAGGAUCGGCAACUAGCACCGCUAUCAAAAACCAGGAUCAAGAAGCACGCCUUGGACUGCUCAGGGAAAAGCUGGAAUUUAAACAAAAAUUUGCGUUGCAACGUCUAGAACUUCAGGAGAAACUGGAACAUCAAUAUCUAGAAGAGAAAUAUAAAUUAACACAGGAUAUCUCUGCUGAAAGUGUGUUCAGUAGCGACGAAAAUUUCGGUGGCCAAGAAACAAUGCGAAGGAUUCAGAAUUGGAUUAGCGAUGUUGAUAAGUGUGGGGGUGGCGAUGGUGGCGAUAUAGCAUCGCAAGCACCCAGUCAAAGUAAACUUCACGAUGGUCGUGCUAAAGCAACGCGCUUGGAUGGUCACCCUAAUACGUCUCUUCGAGACUUCUCGCAAGGUGCUCGAGAAACAAGCCCACACAAUAUGAACAACAGCUCGUGUAAUGUUUUUCUCCCGGAACAGAAAUCCACUCCUCACGGUCAGAGAAAAUCAUCCGAGAAUCACGGUCAAUUGGAAACGUUUGUUUUGAACCGCAGUCAGCUGGCAGCUAGGCAAGCCGUCCAUAGGGAGCUUCCGGAGUUCAGCGGAAAUCCCGAGGACUGGCCUCUGUUCUACUGUACUUUCAGCUCCUCUUCAGCAAUGUGCGGUUUUACUAAUGAAGAGAACAUGCUUCGAUUAAGGAACUGCCUCAAAGGUCGGGCACUGGAUGCCGUGAGAUGUCGACUAUUACAUCCGUCGAACGUGAACGGAGUAAUAUCUACCCUUAAAAUGCUGUUUGGGAACCCGGAAUCGAUUGUUCACGCUAUCAUUUUAAAAAUCAGAAAACUACCGCCACCGGAUAUGACCCGACUUGAGACUCUAGUGAAUUUUUCACUCUCGGUUGAAAACCUAUGUGCCACCAUCGAAGCCUGUGGAGUCCACGACUUCAUGUACGAUGCUUCUCUACGUUACGAACUCAUCGAGAAACUUCCAUCGGACCUGGCUAUGCAAUGGGCUAAACAUGCCAGAAAUUUGACUGUACCAAAAUUGUCAGAUCUGAGUUCAUGGUUACACACAGAAGCUGAGGAUGCUUCGUCUAUUUUAAUCACACCGACGUCCAGUCAAAGGUCUAGAAGAAACGAUAGAUUUUUGAAUCUUCAUUCAGGGUUUCAGCAACAAGAGUCACAACAGAACAUAACAGCAAAGACUAAGCAAAGAGGUUGUUCGAAAGAAAGCGCCCCAAGGGUGUGUGGAGUUUGUAAAGGUUCCUGUGAAAUGAUCUCCAAAUGCGAACGAUUCGCUGAACUGAGUUACGACGCGAAGUGGGAUGUGCUUAAAGAACUUCAACUAUGUAAAAAAUGCCUUCGUCGACACAGUGGUACAUGCCGCAUGCAAAAGAUUUGCGGAGUAAACGGCUGCACUUAUAAGCACCAUCCCCUAAUGCACAAGAAGUUGGAAGUAAAACCAAGUACCGCUACCCCCGGGAAUUACUGCAAUAUUCAUCAAUUGGAGGGCGAUCAAAUCCUGUUCAGAAUCGUCCCUGUCAUUCUGUACGGCUCGAAAACAGCGAUACGCACGUUUGCGUUUUUAGACGACGGGUCGGAACUCACUCUUAUUGAAGAGAGCUUAGCGAACGAACUUGACCUUCAGGGCCCGCAAAAAUCACUUUGCCUGAAAUGGACAGGUGAUACAAGGCGAUUCGAGGAUCGUUCAAAAGUUGUCAACUUACGAGUAUCAGGUAGCAACAAAUCGUUUGAAAGGUCUUACAGUUUGUCGGAAGUUCGAACAGUUCGUGAACUAAACUUACCUAAACAGUCUUUAAUAACAACUGAUAUGAAGCGCAAGUACCCCCAUUUGAACAACAUUCCCUUCGAGUCCUAUCGAGAUGCUGUCUCACGGAUCCUGAUUGGCCUGGAUCAUGCACAUCUAGGGAAUGCCUUCAAAACCCGCGAAGGCCGCUUCAACCAGCCAAUCGCAGUAAAAUCCAGAUUGGGCUGGAUCGUGUUCGGCAACUGCGCUGAAACUGAACCAGCUAGUUUUUUUGUAAACAUGCACAGCAUACCUAGAUGUGAAUGUAAUGAUGACGAUAGUCUGCAAAAGUUAGUAAAAAACUAUUUUUCGUUGGAUAGCAUUGGCAUUUCUCAUUCAUCGCCGCUAAUGUCAACUUAUGAUCAAAAAGCUAUUGACAUGUUGAACUUCCAAAUGAAAUCGGUUGCUGGCAGAUACGAAGUAGGACUGUUAUGGAAGUACGAACAUGUGAGGUUGCCCAACAGUAGAGACAUGGCUCUCAGGAGGUGGCAAUGCUUAGAUCGCCGACUGAGCAAAGACGAAAAGCUAGCUACGCUGAUGGAGGAAAAAAUACAGGACUAUUUGCGCAAGGGAUACAUCAGGAAGUUAGACAAGAAAGAACUUGUAUCGAAACAACCUAGAGUUUGGUAUCUCCCUAUAUUCCCCGUGGUGAACCCAAACAAACCAGGCAAACUACGAAUAGUCUGGGAUGCUGCAGCAAAAGCCCACGGAGUAUCUUUAAAUUCAGUUCUCCUAAAAGGGCCUGAUCAGAUGAGUUCGCUUUUUUCUAUUUUGCUCAAAUUCCGAGAAUAUAAAAUAGCCUUUUCCGGUGAUAUAAGGGAAAUGUACCAUCAGGUACUAAUCAGAGAAGCCGAUCAACAAUGCCAAAGGUUCUUUUGGAAAAGCAACGCGGACUCUAUCGUUCCCAGUGAAUAUGUUAUGCGAGUAAUGACAUUUGGGGCCAGCUGUUCACCGUGCAGCGCCCUCUUCGUGAAGAACGCAAAUGCGCGAAAAUUUCAAAAGGAGUUUCCACAGGCGGUUGACGUAAUUAUCAAUCAACACUACGUUGACGACGCACUGGUGAGCGUGGAAGAUGAGGACGACGCCAUACGUAUUGCCAAGGAAGUUUACGAGAUCCACAGAAGCGGUGGCUUUGAGAUAAGGAACUGGGUAUCCAAUUCCCGUCGGUUCCUGAAAGCUCUUCCAGGCCCGAAUGCCGCGGAAAAAAGUAUGAGUUUGUCUUCCGAGCUUGGCACCGAGAAGAUCCUUGGGAUGUUUUGGAAUACUGCUUCCGAUAAGUUCACGUUCAAGCUCUCUUCUAGACACGAUCCGGAUCUGCUGAAUGUCGUUCAAAUGCAUACGUUUGUCGAUGCGAGCGAGAGUGGAUUUGCCACCGCAGUGUUUCUCAGGUUCGAGGAAAACGGCAACGUAGAAUGCACCUUAGUUGGAAGCAAAACAAGGGUAUCUCCACUGAAAUUCUUAACUAUCCCGAGAUCUGAGCUGCAAGCUGGUCUACUAGGAGCCAGAUUAGCAACAAAUAUAGUUGCGUCAUUAUCCAUCGAAGUCCAUAAACAAUUCUUCUGGACCGAUUCAAGAAACCUUUUGAGCUGGCUGAAAUCAGAUCAUCGCAGAUAUUCUCAAUUCGUCGGAACGCGCGUAAGCGAGAUUCUGGAACUAACGAAUCUCAACGAGUGGUACUGGAUUCCUACAAAGGAUAACGUUGCGGAUGACGGAACCAAAUGGAAGGGCGUGCCGGAUACUUCCUCGAGCAGCAGAUGGUUUAGAGGCCCUCCCUUUCUUUAUAAACCAGCAGAAGAGUGGCCAAAUCAACCAAAAUCCAUCGACAACACCAACGAAGAACUACGUCCUAAGCUUCUGCUUCAAAUUGCGACUCAUCAAUCAAUUGUAAAUAUCGAAAACUUUUCCUGCUGGCGUCGUCUGUACCGAUCGACAGCCAUGGUAAUAAGAGCUGUUAAUGAAUUUCGAAGCUUACUGCAUCCAUCGCGAAAGAACAUGAAACCUAAGCGCCUGAACCCCGAUAUCGAGAGCAUUCCACCCUUGAACAGGGAGGAAUUAGUAGCAGCACAAAACCUUUUGUACAAAGAAGUCCAAAUAUGUACGACCGCUGACGAAUAUACUUUGCUGAAGGAGUCCUCCGGCGAAAGUCCCAAAGUCCUGCCAAAGUCUAGCAAACUUUAUCGCCUUUCACCCUUCGUAGACACCAAUGGUGUUAUGCGUAUUCACAGCAGAACGAAAACUUGCCAGUAUACAGACCUUCAUUCAAAAAAUCCUAUUGUCCUGCCACGGGAGCAUCACAUGACAAGACUUGUUGUUCAACAUUUCCACAAAAAUCUUUAUCACCGGAACCACGAAACUGCCAUCAAUCAACUACGUCUGCGCUAUUACAUUCCGAAGUUGAGAGUAGUAUACCGUACCAUGAGAGGCAACUGUCAGCGUUGCAAAAACGAAAAGGCUUCUCCAGAACCACCCCCUAUGGCCGAUCUUCCAGAAGCCAGACUGGCAGCCUUCUGCCGGCCAUUUACUCAUGCAGGCAUCGAUUAUUUCGGUCCGAUGCUGGUUGUGGUUCAUCGUCGUUCAGAGAAAAGAUGGGGUGUUUUAAUAACGUGUAUGACUACUCGCGCCAUCUAUAUAGAUCUCGUGCAAUCACUGAGCACCGACUCAUGCAUCAUGGCAUUGAGAAUGUUCAUGGUCCGUCGCGGAGUUCCAAGAUUAAUUUAUAGCGAUCAAGGAACAAACUUCAGAGGAGCAGCAAAAGAACUUGUAACAGAACUCGAAAAGAUGAACCAAGACGCUCUAGUAUCGGCAAUUACAUCUACUGAAACCACCUGGAAAUUCAACCCCCCAGCAUCACCACACAUGGGUGGUGCGUGGGAGAGGUUAAUCCAAACAGUAAAAAAGAACUUGCAAAGCAUCUCGCUUUCUCGAGUUCCACGUGAAGAAGUACUGCGCUGCGCACUGGUGGAAAUCGAAGUUCCGAGGCACUACGAAAGCAGUGGCACACUUCUCAACUUAUAG